CGCGAUAACAACCGCAAGUGUCUACAAGUGUCACAGGACUUGCCAUGAAUGAAUCAUACGACAACGCAAUAAAUCUUUUCUUAAUUAGAUGCUUCUAAUUAACGACUCGUCACCGCAUUUUGCAGACGGACGAUUGCGUACAUAAAGAUCUAUGGACGGAACUAUACACACACGCAAUCGUAGAUCUCUUUGACACCCACCGUAUUACGUAGGGUAUGGCAAGCUCAUGCUUCAGUGAUGUGGAUGAGUAUGGUUUUGAACGGCCACAGGACUUUGAUUAUGGAACUUAUGAAGAUUUCAUGUCAGAAUAUCUUAAGGUACUCGCAAAACUAGCCAAGAAAUGGGCAAAAAUUAUUGGUGAAGGAAAAUCACCGCAACGAAGUAUUACAAUAAAAAAAUAUGUCCGUAAAGGCAUUCCAGCAGGCUAUAGGGGAUUGGUAUGGCUUGCUGUGAGUGGUGGAGAAGACAUGAAAAAUGCAUCACCAGAUCUUUAUGAAAGAUUACUGCAGUCCCCAUAUAAUCCAGAGGUUGCUGACGUUAUAAAAACUGACUUGCCAAGAACAUUUCCAGACAAUAUAUUCUUUAAUAAUACAGAGAAUCAACAACAUGAAUUAUACAAUGUUCUGUUGGCUUUUGCUCAUCAAAAUAAAACUGUUGGAUAUUGUCAGGGUUUAAAUUACAUAGCAGGUCUACUUUUGCUUGUAACAAAAAGCGAGGAAACAGCAUUUUGGUUGUUAAAAGUAUUAAUUGAUAAAAUCUUACCAGAUUAUUAUACACGUACUAUGGAUGGUUUACUUAUUGAUAUCGAUGUGCUUGCUGAGUUAGUAAGGAUAAAAAUGCCUGACGUAUAUCAGCAUGUGACAAACAUAGGAUUGCCUUGGCCAGUAAUUACAACAAAAUGGUUUGUGUGUUUAUUCGCAGAAGUUUUACCCAUAGAGACUACUCUACGUAUUUGGGACUGCCUUUUCUAUGAGGGCACCAAGAUUAUUUUUCGCGUGGCGUUGACACUUAUAAAAAGAAAUAAAUCUAAUUUGUUAGCUUGCCAAGAUUUCGUCACGUUAGCCGAAUGUUUUAAAGAAAUUACAAAGGACAGUAUUGUUUUACGAUGUCAUGACUUUAUGCAGAGUAUUUUUAAAGUACCUGGAUCACUGCCUGGUAGCACAAUAGCUAAGUUAAGAACAAAGAUAAUGCAACAGCAUAUAGAACAAAAGCAGGAUAAGCUAGGACGAUAGUAUUUAUGACCGAUUUCUCACACGUACACCGAAAUAUUCUAGUCUUUGUUAUUCAUUUGCAUCUUUUGCAAAAUGAAUACAUAUAAAAAUGUAUUAUAUUGUUAUUGCAUAAUUAUAUGCCAUUGCUGUACAUAUGAAGUCUGUUUAACAAUGUAAGAAAUUGCACACUUUAUUCAAUUAUUAUAAUUUUACCUUGGCUCAUCAUUGUAUAUACAUAUCAUAAUAAAAGACCAAAAAUGAGAUAAAAAUAAAACCACUGAGAAAAUAGUAAAAUAAAAUAUAAUUGUGAUAUAAGUUGUAAUGAAAGUUAUGCAAUUGUGAUACUUUAUAGAAAGAAAUUGAUAUUAGAGCAUUAUUUAAGAGAAUAAUUAUGCUUGUAUUACUUUUUCUUUUUUUUAUCGUAACACAUAAAGUUUAUAGGAUCUUUGUUUAUAUAUGUAGAAGAAUUCUUCAGUCUGGGAUAUAAAAAUUAAUGUAU